AUGUUUUCACUGCUUUGGUCAAUGUCAAAGAGCAAACUACCUACGAUACCAUUAUAUAAACUUUAUUUAUUUAUUUUUAUUCCACCAUUAAUAUCAAUCGUUUUCUUAAUAUGGUCAGCCAUUAUGUAUUUCAGUUUGGAUGAUCCUUCAAUUUUUACAAAAAGAUGUAAUCAAACUCUAUCGAUAUUCAAUAUUUAUUUUUGUGUCAACAAGAAGAAGAUCAUGUUACUUCCCAAGUUGGUACCAACCGUCAUUCCAAAGUCGACAAACAACAACAAUCAAGUCUCAUUACCAAAGACAACAAUCAAUAACAUCGGUGUAGAUACACCCAAUCCAUCAAAUAAUCAUAAUAAUUAUAAUAAUAAUAACAACAGCAGCAGUAAUCAUAAUAAUCAUAAUCAUAAUAAUAAUUACUAUCAAAAAGAAAUAAGCCAAUCACCGGCAUCAAAAUAUAUUACACAGAUAUCGUCGAGUGCAACAACAGCAUCGACAACAACACCGAUUCAUUGUACGAACAAUGAUAAUCAUCACUUCAGUGGUAGCAACAAUCUCUUUAGUAGUAACAACAACUACCAAAAUUUAGUUUUACCAAAUGGAAAUAGAGUAAAAGUAGAGAUUAGUGAUCAGAUUACAUUCCAACAAUUAAAGACAUUGGUUAGCCAAUCUUAUAAGGCGGGUGCAUUCACAGUUUCAAUGUCGGCUGACAAGAACGAUCAAUCAAAGCAAUUGAAGGCAGUCAACUGGACAAAGGUUCUCACUAUCGAUGCCUUCAAAAAGAUGCAUCCAUUAGGUUUGGUUUCAAACAGUGAAGUGGAGUUCAAUGAUGGUACUGACGGACUCAUUGUUAAAUUCUAUGUUCAUGCCGCUUAA